AUGGUGACAAACAGCCACGUUGCACCUCACAAUCAGACAGGACCAACUGGGCUCACAAAACCAAGGAGAUUAGGGACGGACGGAUCAUCAUUUCAAUUUUCAAGCCCCACAAUUACCAAGUGGCAGGGCAGAGUUAAUAUUGCUCAACGGAGAAUGACGUCACUUCACCCCUCCGAGCUGGACUCGGCCGCCACCGACUCCGUCUCGUCCACCCCACGCUCCGACCACCCGUCUCACGAUCUGAAUACACGUGUACGGUUCAUGUGCAGCUUCGGCGGCAAGAUUCUCCCACGGCCACACGAUAAUCAGCUUCGUUACGUCGGCGGCGAUACUCGAAUAGUUGCCGUACACCGUGCCGCCAGUUUCUCUUCCCUCCUCACCAAGCUCUCUAAACUCUCAGGACUGAGUAACGUGACGGUGAAGUACCAGCUGCCGAAUGAGGACCUUGACGCUUUGAUUUCCGUCACGACGGACGAGGACGUGGACAACAUGAUAGAAGAGUACGACCGUAUAGUACAGAAUCAAAAUCCCAAGUCUGCUCGGCUCCGCCUCUUUCUCUUCCCUAAAGGCGAGGACUCAACAGUUAACUCGAGAUCCUCCAGCAUCAGCUCACUGCUCGACGGCUCGGCUAAACGCGAGCUCUGGUUCCUCGACGCGCUCAACAGCGGCGCGUCUAAUUCCUCGGUGCUCGAGCGCGGCCGCUCCGAAGCUUCCUCGAUUGUCUCCGAAGUGCCCGACUACCUGUUCGGGUUAGACAACUCCGACGAGACUCACUCGCGCGGUGAGUUCAAACCGAAACCCCGAACCGUAUUGCAAGACAACGUGUCGGCUUCGGAUCCGGGUUCUCCUGCCCCGGUUAUUUCCUCACCGUUUUGCUCGACGUCGUCUGUGCCUUCAAUUCCAUCGAUGCCGAGUCUCCCACCCGUGAAGACCCGACCCGACUUCAAUCAAGUUGUCGAGACGAAAGAUAAUCAUUCAGAGGGUUUUACAGAGACGGUCGAUCUGCCGGUACCACAAGCGACGGGGUUCUCAGCCAAUCCCGGUGUGCAUUACAUUCCGGAUCCUAAUUACCCGGGUCAUGUUGUUCGGUCAGUACCCCUUUAUUAUUACCCGGGUCCGGUUCCACCAGCAAGCGUACAGGUCCAACCGGUUCCAGUUCGGAGUCAGUUUGUUCAUCAGCAAUACCCGGGUCAGAUUCCGGUGGGCUAUCAUAACCAGAUACCGGGUAUGGGUCAAGUAUAUGGUGGAGGGUUGAGGCCAGUUGGGGGAUUGGAUCCAUAUGAUGUGUCAGCUAGGGUGGUCUCUGAUGGAGUGAACCAGCAGCAGCAGCAGGGGUACUAUGGAGUGAGGAAUCCGAAUGCUGCUGUGGUUUCGGCAUACAGUCCAGGUAUGGUGGUGCCAUCUGGGGAAGAAUGGCAAGGACCUGGACCCGAAAUAAAUAUGGGUCGGGGCCCCAAUGCAUCUUGA